GGUACGCGUGCGCGGAGUGCAUGUCACUCGUAUGAAUAUUAUUGAAAUUAAUUCGAUAAUCCGGAGUUAGUUGCUAAAAACUGUGUUAAAGUGAAGGUUUUGCAUUAAUGUAAACAUAGACUAUGGAAAACAGUAAUAAAAUCGGUGAUAGUGUGUGUUUUUGACGCUUUUUCCAACAAAACAUUUUGUGUUGUGUUCCUAGAACGAAGUGACAAUAACAACGCGCGGGUGGCGCGAAGUUUUCGCAUCGCGCUCUUUCACUCUCGGGCGAAUUGGCUAGCUGUGUUUCGCUCGCGCUGUUGUCGUCGAAUUCGAAGAAUUUAUUACAAUGAAUUGUGCAGCUUGUAAUCGAAAAAUUGAUGCAGGGGAUUUGAUUAAAUGUGUGGGGUGCAAAGUUGGUUAUCACUAUAAAUGUGUCAAUAUUACCACGACCGCAUUUAGGGAAAGCCAAGUACAAUUAAAGCGGGCUUUUAAAUGUCAAUCAUGCGCUAAUGUUACCCAGCGUAUUCGAGUCACCGAUGAUACACCGGUGCGCGGAGUCAGUGCAGCGGCCGGAUUGGUAACAGAUGUGGAGCAGAAUCAGUCUUUCGAGGAUGAAGUACAGACUACAGUACAGUUAGCAUCAGAUGAACUAGUAGAUAAAGUAAGCAGCAUAAUCAUGGCAAAACUUAGUGCUUUCGAACUGAAUAUUCUACAGGAAAUUAAAACUACAGUAGCCGUCUUAGCACUUGAAAAUAGUAAACUUAGACAGGAAUUGAAUGAGGCGAAUAAGAAAUGUAAUGCUUAUGAACAGCAAAUUAAAAGUUUAGAGUCUGAGAGAUUAUUAUCUAAAGAGAAUGAUCAAGCACGGAACAUUGAUACUAGUACUACAAUGUCUUUAAGUGUACCAAUGCACACGUCUCCAGGAUAUCAUGAUGGUAACACGCCAGCAUUGCCCCACACAAACUAUGUUCGGGUGGCGGUGCUACCAGGGCCGAGUCCCGCGGUGACUAGUUACGCGGCAGUGGCUCGGAAGGAAGUGUCACCAAAAGUAAAUAGCGUCAGUGAUAACGAGUGGAUUGAAGUUAAAAACAAAAGAAAACCUGUAAGAAGAGGUGGUAAUAACUCAAUCGCUACUUUAAAGGCGGUAGAACGUAGAAAAUUUUUACAUGUGUGGAGGCUGGAAAAAUCCACAACGGAAGACCAGUUAAGGGAACAUAUUAAACUGACACUAGGCGAGGACUCAGAAGUUAUUGUUGAAAAACUUAAACCUAGGACGGAUCGUGACUAUGCCUCAUUCAAAGUGGGGGUAACAGUAAGCAAUUUUGAAAAACUUUGUGACCCCGAGGUUUGGCCGCUAAAUGUAGAAUUUAGUGAGUGGAUCUGGUUUCGCCCCUCACUCAAACCAGACAAACUACAAACCGUGUAG